AUGAAUGGCCCUACAUUUCAGGACCCCGUCUAUGGCAGUAAUGUCGUGACAGGGAUCACUGCGACAGGCAAUGCUCAUCAAACCUUCAACUUCAAUCAAUGCGCCGAGGCAAAGCCAAAGGCAUUCUAUGCCCUGCCUUAUGAGAAGAAUCAAGAUUUUGUUUCGCGACCCGAUAUCACAUCGCGGCUUGAAGAGCUUUUGCCUAUGAAUUCAGAUGAAUUUAGAAGUGCAGCACUAUGGGGACUUGGAGGCUCUGGCAAGACACAAGUCGCUCUGGAAUACGCAUACAACCGAUAUCGCAAGAGCCCUUGUUCUGUAUUCUGGGUUCAUGCUGACAACGAGGCUACUUUUGCCCAUGAUUAUAGCUCAAUCGCUAAAGUAUUGGGUUUGGAAGGUCAAGGCAGCGGACCUGAGCUUCUGCAAAAUGUCCGACACAAGAUCGAGUCCCUGGAAAAGUGGCUCUUGGUUCUCGACAAUGCCGAUGAUUUAUCGCUUUUUGGCGCAGGCCCAACAGUGAGCAAUCGGACCAGCAAAUUUCUAGAUUUUAUCCCCAAAGGCCCAAAUGGCACUAUUCUAUGGACAAGUCGCGAUGAAUCUAUCGGUGGAAGUCUCGUGGGGACCCAAAGAAGCAUUCCGGUUUCGAAGAUGACUUUCGCAGAAUCCAAGGCAUUGCUUGAUUCCACAAUCUCUCGACCAACAAGUCAAAAAGAGUUCAAAGACGUUUGCUCUCUGAUGGACGAGCUACAGCAUCUGCCACUUGCUAUCUCGCAAGCAGGGGCAUACAUGCGCAGAACAGACACUUCCAUCAGCCAGUACCUCGCAGACUUGAAAGAAGAGCAGGCGCGCUGGCGCGUAUUGAAGGAGACCGAGUUCGACAAACAUAGAUCGCAUGGAAAUUCCAACAGCAUCCUUGAGACCUGGAGUAUUUCCAUUCGUCGCAUCAGGCAAGAAAACGAGAUGGCAUAUGAGAUUCUCCAUAUCCUGGCCUACUUUGAUAACCAGAAUAUCCCUCAACCGCUAGUCGAAGCCGCUGCUGAGCACGGAUGUGAUGGAAAUGCAGAGGGAACCCUCGAGAGUGAAAGGAGAAAGGCAGUUCGUCGAUUGAAGGACUUCUCGUUCCUGGUAGAGCGUCGUGUCGAUGAUGGCGAUGAACGGAACUUUGAGAUGCAUAAGCUCGUACAAGAUGCUGCUCGCUACGGCCUUCGCGUUACAGAUAUGCUGGAAACAGAGGACAAGGAACCAACCAAAGAGUCUCGACGCCUGAGGAAAUGGCUUAAGAAAUGGAUACAAAGCCCCAAGAAGAGUACCACAAAAACUAUCGACCAAGAAAAGAAGACGCCAACGAAGGGAGAGAAGUACUUUGCCGGUGCUGCGAGCGACAUCAUGCUAGGCUUGUAUCCUGAGGAAACAGACAUGGAAAAAGGAACAGGGCUAUGGGUUGAUUGCGAAAGAUAUAUGGCGCACGCACAACGCGUGUGCCACUGGGCGGAGAUGUUCAACAAAGAAGACACUGCGGUAUCGAUAAUAUGGCGCUACUCCAGGUAUCUUCAGCACUGUGGUAGAGCAGGGGAGGCCGUUGCACCCUUGACUCACCUCUUAGAUCUCACCGAGAAAACCUCUGGCGAGCACAGCUUCUGGUUCAUUUGGGGUCUUUACUCUCUUGCAGUGAGUUUCUCAUAUAUAGGAGACUAUCUGCCGUCAAUCGAUUGCUGCGAUCGGGCCCUGAGACUGGCUGCAGAGGGCAACGAAGACAACGCGUAUCUUGAGGUGGCGUGCAUGUCCAUGCUCUCGGAAUGUUAUAAGCAUCAAAAUCGCUUCGAUGAAGCAGAGAAGUUGGCUUUGGAAGCAAUGAAGCGAGGAAAAGAACAUGGCUGUGGAGACGCAGCCGUAUUUGACAGUAUGCAAGCUUUAGCAGAAGUCUACAUCCAACAGAAACGAUACGACGCAGCCGCGUCUAUUCUUGUCCAAGCUGUGGAAGAGUACCAGCCUACGCUUGGAAGCUUCUAUCCACAAAUGAUACCGGCUUACAACCACCUUGGAUCCAUAUACACUGAACAGGACAAACUUACUGAGGCUGAGCGAGCUUACAAAAAGGCACUGGAAUUCUGCCAUGCCACAUAUGGUGAAGAGCAUAUAGAUACAAUACGGGUUUGUGAUAACUUGUCCGUGAAUUGGGCUAGGCAGGAAAGGUUUGAGGAGGCGCUACAUAAGAUCGAUGAGACAUGUCGGUUGAGCGAGAAGAUGUUUGGGCGGAAUCACGAAAUUUCGAGCAAGGUAAGAGAUACGAGGGAAUGGAUUGAAUAUAUGAGGGAUCAUCAAUCAUGA